UCAAAAACAUAUAUGAAUUCGCUCAAAAAAUCAAUGUAGUGAAAAACGUUCGCAGCGACAUUAUUUCGACCAGGAAAAAAAUUCCCCGUUUCCAUCAGUGUAUAGGUCCCGCGCAACCGGCACCGCGUCCUCCAUAGAAAUCCCCAGUAGACCCGCCAUGAAGCGCACCGAGAGCCAGAUCAUCAACGUGAGGGAGAUCCAGAACCACGACUACAUCUUCGAGCUGCAAUCCAAGUUCUCGACGGUGCAAUUCAAGCGCCUCCAGAAGGCGGAGGCCGCGAAGAAAACGAACAAAUCCGACGGCGACGGCGUCUUCCUCGAGGGCGAGAUCAAGAAGAAUUUGUACGCGCUGAACGCGCCGGCGCAUUCGCACUAUUUGCGCACCAAAUGCGCCUACUUUUCCCAGCACGAAUCCAAACACGACAUAUACAAGUACGACGAAGCCAAGGAGUUUAACGCCAAGGAGAAGUUCGUCGUGCAUUAUAUAGGACAUUCUACCGUGUUAAUCCAAGGACCUGGUUUUAACGUACUCACUGAUCCUAUUUAUUACGAUUUAGAUGCUUUGUAUUAUCCGGAAAAAACCAAAUCCUACCCGUUCAUCCAAUUCCUGCCUAAAAUCGAUGUUAUACUAAUAUCGCAUAAUAGACGCGACCACGUCGACAGGAGGUCCUUGCAGGAGUUGCUCGAACACUACAGGACCAAAGUAUGGCCUCAACCUAAAGUCCUAGUACCGAUGGGCGAUAAGAAACUCCUCCAAACGUUCGGAUUCAUCUACAUCACCGAGCUAGAUUGGUUCUCUAGAAUAACGAUCAGAGUGAACAGAACCAUCGUUAAUUUCGUCUGUAUACCAGCUCUACAGAAAUUCAGCAGGUACCAAAUCAAUUCCUACAAGAGCUUGAUAACCGGAUGGAUCAUCAGUCCGGAAAGAGAAGACGUCAUCUUCAAAUACACCGGCGAUACGAGAGCUCUAAGCUCAUCGACGCAACUAGCCGUCGACGCUGUCAUUUUCAACGAGAUAGUGAAGAAGAAAUGCAACAUCGGCACGCCGGAGGGCAGCACGAACAUACCGAAGAUCGUCUGUUUGGAGCCCAGCGGACCGAAUUACACGCGCAGCACCGUCGAAUCCAAUCACCAAUCCAGCUCCUACAGCGCCCUGCUGAAAUUCAUCCAAGCCAGGAACCUCAGCCGCAUCAGCGGCAUACCCAUCGAAAUCUUCCUGCCGAAGAUCAAGACGGUGAUGGUGCACCACAACAAGUUCCAAGUGGGACCGGACCGGUUCAACGAGGGCGUGUUCCUGGUGAAGAAGCUGCUGAACUACCUGCGGCUGGACGACGAGGAGCUGAGCAAGGAGCACGAGCGCCAGAAGCAGAAGCUCGAACGGAACCUCGACAGGGUGAAGCUGAAGGAGCUGUUGCCGAUGAGUUUGCGCUCCGUCUGCGCCAAUCUGCCCACGCAGACGUCGAUAUUGGUGAGGGCGAAGAACUUCGUCAUCGACGAUCUGCGAACGGUGGAGGCGCUGUUCGAUAUGGACAAGGGGAAGUUGAGGGAGAUUAUGGUGUGUUAUUUGAUGAAGAAUACGGUGUUUCCGAUGAUCGGGGAGCGGUUUACUUGCGAUGAAUUGAUGGCGGCUGGUUUCAAAGGGUGCGGGAAGUACGCCGGUAAUCGCCAACAGAAAUCGGACGUAUCCUCUUAAUUGUUAUCUUGAUGUUAUUGCGUGAUGGUUAAAUAAAAUGAAUGUGGCGUUUAAAUUUUAUU